GAGUUAAUUGAAACCGGGUUGACAAUCAACAAUAUUUUUGUGCCUGUUUUGCCUUUGUCAAGCCCAGCAAAGAAAGUCAUUUUAUCUAACAUACCUCCGUUUGUUAAAAAUGAAAAACUUGAGCAAAUUCUACAGAGGUAUGGUAAAAUAGUAAGUCCCAUUAAAAUGAUUCCUCUGGGAUGCAAAAAUCCCGAGAUUAGACACGUGAUGUCUUUUCGGCGUCAGGCGUUAAUGAUUCUGAAUUCUCAGAGUGAUCCAUUGAAUCUGUCGGUGAAAUUGAGUAUCGAGGGAAAGGAUUACACUGUUUUUAUAAGUUCAGAGUCAAUGAAAUGCUUUGUGUGUGGUGAGUUUGGACAUGUAAGACAGACUUGUCCGAGGCGAGACGGGCCCGAUCCGGCUGCAGGUGUGGAGAGCACCGAGAGGGCGGCCGGCGCGGAGGUUGCUGCGGCCGCUGUGGCCUCAGAACCGCUGCGGGACGGAGCGCUCUCUGCGCUCGGUGACGUGCCCGAGGGGAGAUCGGUGCUGGAGGCCUCUGGAAACGGCCUGGAGACGGCUGUUGAGGAGGUGGCCGGGCCGAGCCAUGCUCCCACUGAAACGCAGCCGGAGACGAGCCCGGGACAGGUGGGUUUGAAGCCCGUGCCUGAAACUGAUUUGUCUGGCGAUGGAGGACAGUCGCAGCUGGAUAGAAGUGUGAGUGAUACUGAGGAAGCGUUUAAACAGUGUAAUGUUGACAUGCCAUCUCAAAACCCUGUGGAUUUAAUGGAAGACUCUGAUAAUGAUCACGAUGAUACGGAGUUAAUGAGAGAUUACGCAGUGGAUUCGGACAUUAUCUCUGGAGAAGGAAGUUCACCACUUUCUCAACACUCAGAGGAAUCGCUGCAGGAGUCCCAACUGCCAAGUAUAUCACAGCCUCUUGAAGCGGCUUUACGGUUCCUCAUAGAAGAGCCCCAGUAUUCUAACUCUAAAACAAAAAGCUAUCGGACAAAAGUCUUACAAAAGCUACAAGAGAUUGUCGACAACCAGCAAGACAUCCUGGCUAUGCAGAGACAGUUACUGGCUGCAGUAGCAGUUACGGUGACAGAGGAAGGUGGGGAAAUCCUGGAAAAUGGGCCAUGCCAAACAGUGGAUGAACUGAAGAUCCUUGACAGGGAAUUGGAAAAUAAAGAAAAAAGUGCCAAGAUGUGAAGCCAGUAUGUUCCGGUCCUACAGUCCCACAACCCGCUGGGACAACCUGGAGACAUGGCUGAGA